UCUACGUCAGUACACAGGUCUACAAGCUGGAGAUAUAUCAAGAGAUGAGGGAUCAUUGGCCAGUUUAAAUUGAGAGGAUAUUCGUUCGCAGUUCGCCAAUUCAAUUCAUUCGUGAUUCAGACUUUGUGGUGUUCAGUUGUGUACUUUAAUAUUUCUACUCAAUUAGUGUGUUAAGUGUUUAGUUAUAUUGUCUCAUAGACUCGCUGUGUUCAAAAUAAAUGAUGAAGGUGCUAAUUGCUCUAGGGAUUCUUGGAUGCCUCGCUUUGGCGAAUGCUGAGCAAUCAAAAAAGGCGAUAGCAUUCCUGCAAGGUACUUCUGGCGUGUUGGGUAACAUAACACUCUCCCAACCAUCCUGUACCGAGCCCGUGUUCAUAGAAGUGAGCGUCAUUGGACUUACCCCGGGCAAACAUGGAUUCCACAUCCACGAGAAGGGCGAUUUGAGCGACGGUUGCGCCAGCACAGGAGGUCACUACAAUCCAGAUAAGGUGUCUCACGGAGCUCCCGAAGAUCAGGUUCGCCAUGUUGGGGACUUGGGAAAUAUUGUCGCAAAUGAAGCUGGAAUUGCCAAGACGUCAUUCUCGGAUACCGUUGUUUCACUGUUUGGCGCUCGUAGUGUACUCGGACGGGCAAUCGUCGUUCAUUCGGGUGUUGACGACUUGGGAAAAACCAACCAUCCGGAUUCACUGAAGACUGGAAAUGCAGGCGGUCGCGUUGCUUGUGGAGUGAUCGGAGUCCUAUCCCCAUUCGAUGAACCCGAGGAAAUUUGCAGCAGCGGUCAAUCACUGGUUAGGCCGACGUUGCUAGGAAUACUAUCAGCAGCUUUCAUUAUCGUGAGAGCCCUUGAAAACUAAUUCAACAGCCGAGAAAGCCGGAAAAUCAAUCUUCGGAAACAUCAGCGCUGUCUUCGAACAUUUACCACCAUUAAAGCGAAUGACGGGCAGUUCAUUGAACUGUAUAAUAUCCGAAAGUUUUGGUUCCAAAAAGCUACUGCUCUCCAUUCACGAAUACUUUCUGCCCUUUGUCGUCGCACCAAAAUGUCCAAAGCCAAGGAUGAAGUGUUUUUUCGCGUGAAUGAACUAUGUAUAUUAUAUGUACAUACGUAUAGUUAAACCUGAUGCUAUUUGCUUUAUUUUAUUCUAGAGUAUAUAAAACGUUAAAACUGUGAAGGAAAGUCUCUUUGUUGUUUGCUUUUCUUUUCCCGCUAGGAUCACCUGAUGAACUUGAAUCAUUAUUUGAAUUAGCACCCAAAAGAAAUCAUCUAAUCUUGCAAUGGGUUGAGAACUAUGAGAUAUAUGCAUAUAUUUAUUAUAUGUAAAUGUGAGACAGUCAUAUAGCUAGUCAUAUAUAGCCCAUGGCAAUGGGUGACAUUGAAUUGUAUUAAAUAUAAAAAUCAAUAUUAGGCAUUAAAUAUAUGAGC